UUUUUUCCUUUCUUUUUUUAAUCUUCCCUUUUCUCCCCCUUCUCUCUCUCCGUCUUUCCCCCCUUUCCCUGCAUAAUUAGGGUUUGAAAUGUGCAGACAUGACGGAUCAAUCUGACCAACCCCCGGUUUCAGACCCCUAUAAAAGGAACCAAUCUUCCACUUCCAAUUCCGAUCUCGAUCCCCCACCUCCUGAUCCCCAUAACGCGGCCGAAGAUGAGCCCACGCUGCAGCUAGUCCAGCAGCUUCAAGACCUAGACUUUAAGGAGCCUGCAGAUGAGCAGCCUGAUGGACGCGAUUCGAACGAUGAAGAGGAGGAGGAUUCGAAGAGCGAAGAGAGCGACAAAAAUGAUAAUGGAGAUGAGGAUGAAACUGCGAUCGCCGGUGAAGGUGGUGACGUUGAUAAGAUGAAUGAGAGGAGAAGAUACUUGUAUCCUCUGCGACCCCAAGCCGAGGACUGCGCCUUUUAUAUGAAGACCGGAAGUUGCAAAUUUGGAGCCAAUUGCAAGUUUAAUCACCCUGUUCGAAGAAAAAAAGAGGUAUCUAAGGAGAAGGUGAAGGAAGGGGAAGAACAAGCAGAGAAGCCGGGGCAGACAGAGUGCAAGUAUUACCUCAGGACAGGAGGGUGUAAGUAUGGAAAAGCUUGUAGAUAUAAUCACAGCAAAGCGAAAACUUCAGUGGCCUCUGUUUUAGAGCUGAACUUUCUUGGCCUGCCUAUUCGACAGGGUGAGAAAGAAUGUCCAUAUUAUAUGCGUAAUGGCUCAUGCAAAUAUGGAGCCAACUGCAAAUUCAAUCAUCCUGAUCCUACAGCUGUAGGAGGAGGUGACCCUUCUGGAUACAAUAACGGCGGAUCUGUUUCAUCACCAGCUCCGUCUCAAGUUAGCAUAGGAUCAUGGUCAUCGCCAAGGCCAUUGAAUGAAACUGGUCCUUUCAUACCAAUGAUUUUUUCACCAACUCAUGCUGUUCCAUCACAAAACCCAGAAUGGAACGGGUAUCAGGCUCCUGUAUAUCCACCAGAGCGGAGCAUGCAUCCGCCAACAGCAUAUCUUAUGAACAAUCCAACAACUGAAGCCAGUGUUUACACACAUCAUCAGCCACAGAAGUUAGUUGAUGAAUUCCCCGAGCGACCUGGCCAACCGGAAUGCAGUUAUUUUUUAAAAACUGGUGACUGCAAGUUCAAAUCCAAUUGCAAAUAUCAUCAUCCAAAGAACAGAACAGUGAAAACACCUUCAUGUGCUCUUAGUGACAAAGGCCUGCCCCUAAGACCUGAUCAGAAUGUCUGCACGCAUUACAGCCGCUACGGCAUCUGCAAGUUUGGUCCAGCUUGCAAAUUUGACCAUCCAAUACAGCCUCCUAGUUCAAUUGUAUCUGCAGUAGAUCAGGCUGCCCAGUUCAGCGGCUCUCAGACUACCGCUGAAGAGGUUAAAGUUACUGCUGAUGGAAAUGGAAGUGAUGCCUCAAUUCAGCAACAUGUGUAAAAUUUGGCAUCAAUUUUCUGUAGGUUUAGGCUUCUGACACUAGUAAGGAUUUUAAAUUUUCUCCUUAAAAUAUUUUAAGUUAUACUUGUCCGGUUUUUUUCCUCUUAGCUGAGCCGCCACAAGCUGUUUUUUUUCCAGAAGGGAUGGCAUUAUAUAAUCAUAUGUUGUGAUGCUAGAAGCCAAAGCAGAAAUCAGGAUAUGUACAUUAUCGAUUUCCAAUGUCAUUUAGCAACUAAUACAAACUGUUAUAUCAUCUAAUUUUC